AUGUUCAGGAAAUCCCUUCCAUGGUGGCCAUCUCCGACAGGAGCUGCUCGGAGUGAUGCGACAGUAUGUUUAGUGACCUCGGUUGGUUGCCUGAAAAGCACCACUUGCUUGCUGUGCGUGAUGAAGCCCGCUGACGUCAGAAGGCACACCGUCGAAUCUCUCAAGGUGGCUCCACUUGGUGAUGGCCAUCACGGAAGAGAUUUCUACAAAUAUUUCUUCACCUCUCAUCCUGAACAUCGUCACUUCUACAAAGGUGCUGAGAACUACACUGGUGAUGAUGUGGAAAAGAGCGAGAGAUUUGACAAAUUGGGAGACGCUAUACUCUUGUUCGUGCACGUCCUGGCUAAUGUCUGUGAAAAUGAAUCGGUGUAUCGAUCAUUUGUGCGCAGAGUCAUGUAUGAGCAUUUCGAUAGAUCAAUUGAUCCUGCACUUUGGAAGCCAUUCUGGGAUUACUGGGUAGGAUUCCUAGAAAGCAAAGGACCAGCUUUGACUGCAGAACAAAAAGAGGCAUGGAAGAAUUUUGGUACUGUGUUCAACGCUGAAUGCCAAGCUUACCUUACACGAAUGGAGCGCCCGCAUGCGUAA